AACAAAGACAUCUGACCGUACACUGGCACAAAGUCACAAAGUCACAAAGGACAACCCAGAAGAAAAUCAUGAUCAUGCUGAUCAAUUGGCAAAACAAUCCCUGACGUCACCGAACCCUCUCUCCACCACCUUGACCAACUACAUCAACAAUCCGAACUUAAUCAUUUACAAAGCUUAUGAUAUGGAGAUCACACAGAACAUCAAAAAAGCCAUCAACAAAAUCCAACAAGCCAGACAGACAAUAAAAAUCUCAUCACCACACACCUGGAAAACAAUGCCAACACCUUUGGACUUGGGAAGCCAGCAAAAAGAUAAACAAAAAAACAGCACGACCUCGCAAUCCCACGAGCACAGUUAG